AUGUCAAGCAAGUAGGUUCAGUAAGUAAGCAAGAUCAUGUUUUAACCCUCACUUAGCUAGCCGCACACGGUCACCUCAUGUUAUGAUUAAGGAGGUUACGAACCCCACUCCUGGGUAAUAAGGAGGUCACGAACCCUACUCCUGGGUAAUAAGAUCAUGUUCAAGUAUGUCGGUGAUCGUGGUGGCGUGCUAGUUAAGUUGAGCUCGGGGCCCCUUUUCGUAAAGAAUGUCUAUUUCAAGAAAAUCAUUUACAAGUCCGGUAAAUAUUUAUGCAUGAGCAUUUGCACUCAUUAUGUAUGU